GACGGCCGGUGGCAACCGAGAGGGAGGAGGAAGCAGCGGUGGCUGCUGCUGCGGCGGCUGCGGCAGGGGCCGGGGUGGGCGCCGCGGUCCGGGCCGGGGAGUGAGGCGCGGGCGGCCGGGCCGGUGGGCUGGGCGGCGGGCCCGGCGGCCGCCCCCGCGCCGCGCCUGGCGGCCCGAUGUGGCUGCAGCAGCGGCUUAAGGGGCUGCCGGGACUGCUGUCGAGCAGCUGGGCCCGCCGCCUACUCUGCCUGCUCGGGCUCCUGCUGCUGCUUCUGUGGUUCGCCGGCUCCGGGGCGCGGCGGGCCGCGGGUGGCCUGCACCUGCUGCCCUGGUCCCGCGGCGAGCCGGGCGCCGCCGAGUCCUCCGCCUGCCUGGAGGCGGCCACCCGCGCCUGGCGCGGCCUGCGGGAGCGCGGCGAGGCUGUCCCACUGGGCCCUGGAGUGCCGGCCCUGGUGGCCAACGGCUUCCUGGCACUGGACGUGGCCGCCAACCGGCUGUGGGUGACUCCUGGAGAGCGAGAGCCCGCCGUGGCGCCGGACUUCGUGCCCUUCGUGCAGCUGCGACCGCUGAGUGCGCUCUCCGAAGCCGGAGAGUCAGUACUGUUGCUGCGUGAAGGGCUGCUGCGCCGAGUGCGUUGCCUGCAGCUUGGGACCUCAGGCCCCGUCCCUGCGGCCGCCGUCCCCGGACCCGCCUCGGCCUCCGGCCUCGUCACAGGAUCCGGCCGCGACUGCGUGCUGCUGCAAGAGGACUUUCUGGCGCACCGGGGCCGACCCCACGUCUAUCUGCAGCGUAUCCAGCUCAACAAUCCCACGGAGAGGGUGGCCGCGCUGCAGACUGUGGGGCCCACUGCCGGCCCGGUCCCCAGAGCCUUCACCAGUACCCUGGAGAAGGUGGGAGAUCAUCAGUUCCUCCUCUACUCGGGCCGGUCCCCGCCUUUUCCCACGGGGCUGGUGCACCUGGUGGUGGUGGCGGCCAAGAAGCUAGUGAACCGGCUCCAGGUGGCUCCCAAGACACAACUGGACGAGACAGUGUUGUGGGUGGUGCAUGUUUCAGGCCCUAUUAACCCCCAGGUGCUCAAAAACAAAGCAGCCAAGGAGCUCAAGGUGGUCCAGGAUUUGGCACGGAAGGAAAUGCUGGAGCUCUUGGAGAUGCCAGCGGCUGAGCUGCUUCAGGACCACCAGCGCCUCUGGGCUCAGCUCUUCAGCCCAGGUGUGGAGAUGAAGAAGAUCACGGACGCCCACACCCCGUCUGGCCUGACCGUGAACCUGACGCUGUACUACAUGCUCUCCUGCUCACCAGCCCCGCUGCUCAACCCCAGCCUGAGCCACAGGGAGCGCGACCAGAUGGAGUCGACGCUCAACUACGAAGAUCACUGCUUCAGCGGCCACGCCACCAUGCACGCCGAGAACCUGUGGCCGGGCCGGCUGUCGUCCGUCCAGCAGAUCCUGCAGCUCUCUGACCUGUGGAAGCUGACCCUGCAGAAGCGCGGCUGCAAGGGGCUGGUGAAGGUGGGCGCCCCAGGCAUCCUGCAGGGCAUGGUGCUGAGCUUCGGGGGGCUGCAGUUCACUGAGAACCACCUCCAGUUCCAGGCCGACCCCGACGUGCUGCACAACAGCUACGCCCUGCACGGCAUCCGCUACAAGAACGACCACAUCGACCUAGCCGUGCUCGCGGACCCCGAGGGCAAGCCGUACCUGCACGUGUCCGUGGAGGCCCGCGGCCAGCCCGUCAGGAUCUACGCCUGUGAGGCCGGCUGCCUGGAGGAGCCCGUGGAGCUGACCUCGGCGCCCCAGGGCCACACCUUCCCGGUCAUGGUGACGCAGCCCAUCACGCCGCUGCUCUAUGUCUCCACCGACCUCAGGCACCUGCAGGACCUGCGCCACACGCUGCACCUCAAGGCCAUCUUGGCCCACGACGAGCACAUGGCCCAGCAGGACCCCGGGCUGCCCUUCCUCUUCUGGUUCAGCGUGGCCUCCCUCAUCACCCUCUUCCACCUCUUCCUCUUCAAGCUCAUCUACAACGAGUACUGUGGGCCUGGGGCCAAGCCCCUCUUCAGGAGUAAGGAAGAUCCCAGUGUCUGAGUGAAGUCCCAUCUGCACAAGACACCCAGCACCGAAAGUCCUGCUGCACGAACAGGGGAUCCUUCGAACGCACCCACCCUUUUGUGCCUUGUUGGGGACGCCAGUGACGCAGAGUGCGUGUGGAUGUUCAGGAGUCUGCAUCGGGGAGCGGGAGGGGAGGGCCGGUGGACUUUUUGUAAGCUUUCGACUCAAUAAAAUGAACCUGUAUGGAAAAUACUUGAAAUUGAACUCACUCCUUCUGCUUUCCCCCCUUCUUCUGUCCCAGGAAACAGAGCCUCUUUUGAAAAGACCUGUCUAGGAGAAGUUGUGUUCUAUUCCUAAUUUAAUGUGUUCUUUCUUGACUGAAUUUUUAAUUUAUUGUUGUUGAGAUUUUGCCGGAUGGUUUUUGCACCCCCUUCAGACAGUGAAUCUCGGGCGGGGAUUUCCGACCUACGCCGCCCCCGGGGGGGCAUCCGGAGGCCCUGCCGCCUGCGCCUGCGCGGAGAGCGUGGGUCUCGGGUCCUCCCCGGUUUGCACAUCGUCUCUUUCUUACCAUGAGCCUGCGGAGAUCUGUGCUUUUGUACUUCUGGGCUUUAGGGGGAGGUAUUUAACUUUCUAGGGGUUGAUGAUUGUUGGGUUUUGAAAUACCAAAGCUUUCUUUUUUUGUUCUGUUUUUAAAUAAAUCUCUUUCAAACUUC